AUGAAAAAUGAGCAGAAGACAAACAAGCUUCUUUUCUAUGGAAAGUAUAUAUCAUAUUAUAAGGAAAACUUGCUUGUGUUAGCGAAGGGACAAAUGCUUGAAUAUACUAGAACAAUUUCAAUGGUUACAUGCAUGGACCUUUCAAGCAAUAACUUCUCUGGAGAGAUUCCUGAAGGACUCACUAGUCGUUUGGGAUUGCGUGUCUUAAACUUAUUCAGAAACCAUUUGACUGAAAAGAUUCCAGACAAGAUUGGUAAAUUGGCAUUGAUAGAGUCUCUUGAUUUCUCCAAAAAUCAGCUUUCAGGUACAAUUCCUAUCAGGAUGUCGAAUUUAACAUAUCUAAGUCACUUGAACUUGUCGUAUAACAAUUUGUCGGGGAGAAUUCCAUCAGGAAAUCAGCUUCAAACACUUGAAGAUACAUCUAUUUAUGCUGGCAACGAUGGGUUCUGUGGACAUCCUCUUACAGAUAAAUGUUUUAGCGAUGAGAUACCUCAAGAUCCAACGGCUGUUGGAGGUGAUAUAGAAAAAGAUGAAGAAGAGUAUGAAAUGCAUUGGUUUUACUCCGCGAUGGGACCAAGAUUUGCUGUGGGUUUUUGGGCCUUUUGUGGCGUUUUUGUUCUAAAGAAGUCUUGGAGGAUUGCAUAUUACCACUUCUUCGAUGAGAUGAACGAUAGACUUUUUUGUAACCGUCGCUUGACAGGAAGUUAG